GACAUGGUUACUACUGACGUGUGACAAAUGUUUGUUUUUAGUUUGUUUAGAUUAAAGGAAUAAUUUCGAGAAAUUGACAUUAUCAAAUUAGAUAAGGUCUAUCAGUAUAUUUAGGUAUAUUCUGGUGUUUUGUAAAUUCCAGUGUAUAAGCACUAAAAUGUCUUUAGAAAGUAAAUAUAACCUUAAAAGUCCUGGUGUAAAACGUUUAAUGAGAGAAGCAAUAGAAUUAGCUAAUCCCACAGAAGAGUAUUUUGCAUGUCCUUUAGAAGAUAAUCUGUUUGAGUGGCAUUUUACAGUAAGGGGCCCUCCAGGAACAGAAUUUGAAGGUGGAUUCUAUCAUGGAAGAAUUUUACUGCCCUCACAAUAUCCUAUGCAACCUCCCAACAUUAUUUUGUUGACACCAAAUGGAAGAUUUGAGGUUAACAAGAAAAUAUGUUUAUCAAUAUCAGGACACCAUCCUGAAAGUUGGCAGCCUUCUUGGUCAAUACGUACUGCUCUUCUGGCACUAAUAGCUUUUAUGCCCACUCCAGCAUCUGGAACAAUUGGUUCUUUGGAUUACACAGCAGAAGAGAGACAAGUGUUAGCAAAAAAGACAAAGAAUUGGGAAUGUUCAACAUGUGGUAAGAUAUCAGAAAAGUUAUCUACAGGAGGGCAUGUACUUAGUCCAAAAUUGACACAGGAAGAAAGUACCUUAAUAAAGCAGAUAGCAUUGAAGGCAGAGGAGGACGCGAAUAAGAAAGAACCCAAUAGAGAAAGUAAAACAAGAGAAGAAAGUACAUCGGAAGAGAGAAAUGAUUAUGAACUCAGGCAAAGAAUUUCCACUCAAGUAAAUGAAUCUGUUGAUGAAAGUAUUUCAGCUCCUGCGGUCGAUCCUUUAUUAGAAGAUUCAAUCCAAAGAAGUGAUACGGAUAAAUUAUGGACAGCAGCAAUUUGGAUAUUAAUAACAAUAAUAGCUCUCCUGUUAAUACGACGAAUUUUUUUCCUAUAAACUAAUAGCACUAUAAAACAUUGUAUCUCUUUAAAUAGAAAAUUUUAUACCAACAUGAAAGCAGUGUAAUUAGGACACAGUGUACUGUAUUUUAUAAGUAAAGACUAAAGACAAACAUUUGCAUAUUAUAUGUCGUCGUCAGAUCUCGGAACUGGACAUUAUGCUGAAUAUCCAGCACUUCAGUUAACUGUGUUAUCUUUAAAUUCUUUAAUGAGUAAAAACUUUUAUUGAGAAUUUUUAUUCUCGAUAAUGUUUUAUAUACAAAAGUAUUUAGUUGUGAUAUCUUAGUUUUUUUUGUUUUUUUUUUCUGAAAAAAUACAUGAAUGGAAAGAAAUAGUUUUCAAUAAUUAUUUUACAACAUAAAACAGUCUAACUUAUCUGUCUCUUCAUAAUAUCUUGUGUUAUAAUACAACCUUCCUAUAUUAAUUAAGUGAACAGUUUGUUGUCAUGAUUUCUAAAAUAUUGACAACACAGGGUAUUUUCUAGGUAUUUCUCUAAGAUGAUGUUCUUUAAGGAAAUCCCGUUAAUAAUCAUCUUUCUCUCACUGUAUAUGCUUCAUUCCAGGUGGGUGUUUGCUGACUUACAGAUUAUAUGACUUCAAUAGUUUCCAGCCAAUUUUGUUGACCAUGAGCCAUCUGCUGUCUUCUGUAAUCUGUUGUUGAUAAAGUUGUUUAUAACUUCAUCUUGUGAGAAGUAUUUUCUUCUAGAUGUUUAUACUAAAAAGCAGAUAUCUGAAACGGCCAUGGCUAUUUGCACUGUCAAUCGUAGAGUUGAUAGUUAUCGCAAAUGACCGUAUUUGUCAUUCCUCAAGUUGGUGUAAAUGGACAUUUGUUACUAUAGUUAUGCUGUACAAUUUUUCUUUCUAUAUCCUAUUCAUUAUUGUAUAGCUACAGUAUUCAAGAAUGUAGUAAUGUUUAUUUCUGUGAUCAGGCGAAAUCAUAUAAAUACGUGAUUUAGGAUAACACUUGGGUUUAGUUAAAAUAAUAAUAAAAAUUCUCUGGCAUUUAUAUUUUAACUAUCUUUUUGUGAUUUUAUUUAAGUUGUAUCUUUAACCAAAACAAGUACAGUUAAUUCGUAUAUGUUUACAUAUAUAUUUAUUGUUAGAAUAUAAUAAUUUAAAAAAAUAUAUAUUUUUUGUUUCAACAAUAUGUUUUUUUAUUUCUCUCUCUCUUCUUUGUCAACCAUUUUCCAUCCACUCCUGAAUGUAGGUCUCUCCCAAUUACUUCCAUCUUUCUCUAUCUUGCGCCAAUCUAAUCCACUGUUUGCCUGCCACUGCUCUUAUGUCAUCUACCCAUCUUUUUGAGGUCUUCCCAUGCUUCUUGUUGUCGUCCUUGGUCUUCAUUCUAGAAUUCUCCGUGUCCACCUGUUGUCAUUAUAUCGGGCUACGUGACCUGCCCAGCGCCAUUUCAUUUUUGUAAUUUCUUCCACAAUAUCCCUAGUCUUCGUUCUACGUUUUAUCUCGGUGUUUCUAAUCUUGUCUCUUAGUGAUAUUCCAAGCAUGAUUCGUUCCAUUGCUCUUUGCGUUGUUUCUAAUUUUUUGGCAGAUUUUUUGGUAAGUGCUACUGUCUCCAAGCCGUAGGUACAAACUGGUAGUAUGCAUGUGUUAUACACCUUUUUCUUUAAGUUUAUAGGAAUGGAGGUGUUUUUCAAGAUAUGUGCUAGUUUGCCGAAAGCGCCCCAAGCCAGUUGUGUUCUUCUUUUAAUUUCAGCAUCUUGAUUUGGUUUUCCUAGUUUGAUAACAUGACCUAGAUAUACAUAAUGUUCCACAUUUUCUAUGGUAUGAUUUUGUAUUGUUAUAUUUGUCUGGUCUCGGCUCAGUAUUUUUGUUUUUCUGUAGUUAAUUUUUAAGCCUACCGCUCCUGAAACUGCAUUUAAUUGUUGUAACAUAUGUCAUCUGCGAAUCUCAAGUGGUUUAAGUAUGAUCCGUCGACGUUGAUACCCUUAUUGUUCCAUUUCAGUUUCUUAAAAAUAUCUUCUAGAGCAAGAGUAAAUAGUUUGGGAGAGAUGGUGUCUCCUUGUCUUACUCCCCGUUGUAGUCUUAUGGGAUUAGUUUUUGUGCUUUCGUCCAGCUUUAUAUGCAUGGUGGCAUUUUCAUAUAUGUUUUUAAUUAUGUUAAUGUAUCUUGAAUCUAUGCGUGCAUUUUCUAGAGAUUCAAGCACUGCCCAUAAUUCGAUGGAAUCGAAUGUUUUAUGGAAAUCGACGAACGCCAUAUGAAUUGGAACAUUAUACUCGGUGCAUUUUUCUAUCAGUGUUCUUACGGUGUGCAAGUGGUCUAUGGUAUUAAAAUGUUUUCUGAAUCCAGCCUGCUCGAUAGGUUGAUAGAAAUCGAGCUUAUGUGUUAGGCGGUUGGUUAUGAUUUUAGUUAGUAAUUUAUACAGAUGUGAUAGCAAGGAUAUUGGUCGGUAAUUCUCGAUGUUUGCUCUGUUUCCUUUCUUGAAUAGUAAAAUGACCUCGGAGUUGUACCAUUUUUGAGGAAUCUUUCCUUCAUCAAUUACUUUAUUAAAUAAAACAUUUAAUACCUGUACCAUUUUUCUGCCACCAAUUUAACAUUUCAACUGUAAUCUUAUCCUCUCCCGGACAUUUAUUCGUUUUAAGUUGAUUUAGGGCCAUUCUUAUUUCAUAGUCGGUUAUGUCCGGUAUUUCUUCUGAGCCGGUGUUAAUUAUUGUUCGUUGAGUACGUCGUUGUUGUGGUUGUGUAUUUACCGAGUAUAGUUUAGUGUAGAAUUUUUCAAUGGCCUCGCUUAUUUCCUUUCUGUCUCGGACGGUGACGUUUUUCUCAUUUUUUAUUUCUAUGAUUUUUGUUGUGCCGCUUUUUGCUUUGAGUACUUUCAUGUUGCAGUUAUCUUGUAUUAUAUUUUUUAUUAGAUUGUUAUUAUAGUUUCUAUGAUCGUUCCUAAUUUCUUUCUUCACAUUUUUGUUUAAACUUUUAAAGCUGUCCGAAGUUCGAUCUGUUCUGUUUCGUCUUUCUUGGAUUAGUUUAAUUGUAUUAGGUUGGAGUUUAGAUGUUUUGGCUGUUUUCGUGUUUGAGCAUAUUUUCUUAACCGAUGUUGUUACAGUUACUUUUAUUUUAGUGGCUAGUCCGUUUAUAUCCAUUUGUUUCAGUGUCUCUAUUGAUUUUAGUCUUGUGCUUAGCUCUUUUUGGUAUUCCGUUUGUUUUUGAAGCAGGACAUCGGUGGUUGGGUAUCGUUCUCGUUUAAUAAGUUUGCUUCGUUCUACUCUCGUCUGUAUUUUAAUGUUCGCUCUAACCAAUCUAUGGUCACUCCCGGUAUAGAAUUUGUUUAGUACUGUCACGUCGGUGCAUAUGUUUUUGUUAUUGGAGAGUAUGUAGUCUAUUUCGUUCUUAGUUUUCUUGUCUGGGCUGAUCCAUGUCCAUUUACGUUGUUUAGAUUUUUUAAAGAAAGUGUUGAGACAAAAUAAAUUUUCGUUGUUUAAGUAGUUGUACAACAUCUCACGUCUUUCGUUCUCGUUUUGUUGGAUUGGUUGUGAUGGCUUCAUCAUCAACAUCAUCAAGUUUUACACCGGUACUGUUGCGUACAGUCAUCAAGUCUGUCCAUUCACCAAGAGAGAAGACUAAGUCCUGAAUGUUCACAAUGCUCUGGUUUCUCACAAACACUGUUCGCAACAUAGUCGAAAGUUGUGCCAACAUGACUGGCGUAAGGGAGUCAACUAUAUAUAGGUUCCUAUCAGAAAAAAAAACACGGUAUAGCUAACCCAAACACAAACGAACACUUAAAGAGAGGGAAAAAGCUUAUUGAAAUUGAUGAAUUUGAAAGGAAAAUUCAUGGAUUUUUUUUUCAAAAAAGAAAUACCAAACUUAAACAAAAUUUUACAAGAAGUUAGAGAUGACCCGGAUUUGCCUCAUCGGACAAACUAAAUUGUGGCAAGUUUUAAAAGAAUUAAAUUUCCGCUGGGAGAAAUCAGACCGAAAAUCACUUUUGAUUGACCGGGAGGAGAUAAUAUGUUGGAGAAGAAAUUAUCUAAGAUCCAUAUGAAAAUUCAGGACUAAAGGAAGGCCAAUCUUCUACCAGGAUAAAACGUGGGUAAACUCAAGUCAUACUCUAAAAAAAAUUUGGUCAGAUAAAAAUAUAUUAAGCUUCAGGCAAGCUUUUAUGGAAGGUUGGUCUACUGGUAUCUCCCCACCUUCUAGUAAAGGCAGUAGAUUAAUAAUUUCUCACAUUGGCAGUGAAAAAGGAUUUGUUAAGCAUGGUUUGUUGGAAUUUCAGUCCAAAAGCACAAGACUAUCACGAGGAGAUGACAGUUGAUGUUUUCGAAGAGUAUGUAUUUUCAGCAGAUGAUUGAACACAUACCACCAAAUUCAAUUAUAAUAUUAGAUAAUGCACCUUAUCAUUCACGACUAGUAGAAAGACUUCCAACGACUGCGUAGAAGAAACAGGAUAUUCUUGACUGGCUGCGGAAUAAGUAUCUGCCUUACGAAGAUGGAAUGGUAAAAGCAGAACUUUUAAAAAUUGCCCGGCAACACAAAUCUAAGUUCAAGAAAUACGUAGUUGACAAAUGGCCGAAAGGCGAAACAUCACAGUUCUUAGACUUCCACCCUACCACUGCGAAAUAAAUCCAAAACUCAUUUUUUUUUAUUUCAAUUUUAAACCUCAAAACCAAUUUAAAUUAGUAUUUUAAGGAAAGGUGAGAUCCAAAUUAGUAAAUAAGAAUGCUAAAUAUGCAUAUUUUUAGUAAUUGUAUUAUAAUUAAUAAUUUCCCUCACACACCAUGAUGAUUUGUCAGUAGCGAUGUGCGUUGAGGGUUAAACUUCCAUAAAAUAUUUCAUAAAAUUCCAUAAAUAAGUAAAUAAAUAAAUAAAUUUCGUUAAUUUUGAUUCCAAAAUAUUUGUAUAAAAUAAAUUAAAUAAAACAUUUAAUGUAC